GACUUUGAUGGUUGGAUCCGUGUUGCCGGAGCCUUCUGUUUUUGUGUCGUUAAACCCUUUUCUCUCUGCAACUGCAAGGGUUUUGGUUUUGGUUUUAGUUUUAGUAAGUCCAUAAUAAACUCACAUACAAUGGCGAUGAGGGCGGCGGCGGCGGCGGCGGUCGUUAAACCCUUUUCUCUCUGCAACUGCAAGGGUUUUGGUUUUGGUUUUAGUUUUAGUAAGUCCAUAAUAAACUCACAUACAAUGGCGAUGAGGGCGGCGGCGGCGGCGGCGGCGGUGGCUCCUCGCGGCUUAAGGCGCCUCUUCUCCACGACUUAUGCUUCCCCCAUGUUUUCUCCUCCUGCGGCAGGCAACGCACCAGCUCCAGAGAAAGCCGAGCCUAACCCCAAUCUCUUCGUAUCCGGGCUUAAUAAACGCACUACUACUGAGAAACUUCGGGAGGCCUUUUCCAAGUUUGGAGAAGUAGUUGAUGCUAAAGUAGUGACUGAUCGAGUAUCAGGAUAUUCCAAGGGAUUUGGUUUUGUAAGAUAUGCUACCUUAGAAGAUGCUGCAAAAGGAAUAGAGGGAAUGGAUGGAAAGUAUCUCGACGGUUGGGUUAUAUUUGCUGAAUAUGCAAGACCAAGGACGCCACGUACUCCACCAAUUGGCCCUUCGCCAUAUGGCCCUCCCUCAUAUGGCCGUCAAUGACCUAAGGAACAAACAUCAAAUUUAUUUAGUUUGCAUUACAUUUUCUGUUCUCAUUGGUGAUCACAAUUCUCCCCUACCUCUUGAAACUAUACAUUUAUGAUCUUUGAAGUGAUAAUUUACAGCUUGAAUGACUGGUUUAGAUUUAGAAUGGUUUUGAUAUUUCUCUUCAGAACCAUACCGAUGAUGUUGUAUUGAACUCUGUACUAAUGUGUGGGCACAUCCAAAUUUUAAAUCUUGGGGUAAAUGAAACAGCGUCAAUGAU